CGUACUAGCUAGCUAUCUAGCUUCGUCCGUGCAUUUUCUAUGACACAGAUCUGACUAUAUCGGCUCACUGGAACUGACCACACAACUGCUAGUACCAAGGUGGUCGGAUUUGAAAGACGAUUACCGAUUUUUAGUAGGAAAUGACACAGAGGCCUUACAGAUACAUGUGUGCUUUUGUCGCAUCUCUAAUCUGCGCUCUGUGAAAGAGAAGCAGCGAGAUCUGGAAACACAUUUGUUUCCGCGGUGAGUAAUAACUACCUCAGCUAACCGAAGGAAACAACAAGAACUUCGAGGAGGAGGCCAGCAAAGUUUCCUAUAGCAGUCCUCAUCAGCUGGCUUCUCACCGCCCCAUGAGCCACACAUACACAAUGUGUGAAGAGGAUCUCUGACGGACUGGUUCUGUCUGCCCUCAGCUCCACUCUGCUCCUAACACACAGCACAAAGGCUGUCAUCGGAGAGAGGAAGUGACAAGGAACCAUUGUCCUACUCGAGAACAGUUUUUGUGUCUUUUUAUUUUCACACUCCUUGCUGUUGACCAGUUUCGCAUUUUUCCAAAUUCAUUGGUUUGUUUUUGCUUACAGCUUUUAAAGAUUUUCUAUUUUUAUUAGAGGUCUAUCCGGAAAAAAGGCAUCUAUACAUAUAUUGUGUAUGUUAUACAAAGAAGACAUUUUUCUGGGUCCAGUUGAGUGAAAGGUUGUGCACUUUGAGAUUUAUCUGGACUAAAUCUUGUCUUGGAAUAACAGUGAAUUGUAGAGCAUUGCCCAGGUUAUUUUCUAUUUUUUUUUUUGCUGUUUCCUCAUAAACCAGUCACUUUUUCUUUUAGGCUAAAAGUGUUGAAAGAGUUGAAGGGUGCAUUUUUGCCAGUUACCUUUGCUUGCUUUUGUCCACCGUGAGCUGCAGCAGGGCUGCACAUUAACAUUGUCAGCAAGUCUUUACCCUAUUCUCUCUUUGCAUCUCUUUUACAGCUGCAAGGCAUAUUGAGAUGAGCCUCUGGCAGAUGGAACCCUUAAGUCGUCUUUUUACAUAACUACAUAAAAAGUCUAGCACUAUUAGGUGGAUUAGGUUGUUGUUUGUGAAAGAGAGCGAGCUUCUGGCUAGCUGAAACCCGGAGCUUCCAGAGUCUGCCCGACACUUAUGUAUUGUUGUAGUGUGCAGGAAAGUAAAAUGGACUACAAGCGGCGCUUUUUGCUAGGCGGGUCCAAGCAGAAAGUGCAGCAGCACCAGCAGUUCCAGAUGCCUGAGCUGAGCCGGACCCUCAGCGCCCCCCUGGGCUCUACCUGCUCCCCCACCUCCCCAAUGAGUGUCUCCACCGGGGUGGGCAUGCCUGGCAGCUGCCACCCCCCUCAAUCCAAUGCUACCACCGCAGUCGCAGACAUCCAGCAGGGCAUCUCCAAGUACCUGGACGCGCUUAACGUGUUCUGCCGGGCCAGCGCCUUCCUCACGGACUUGUUCAGUAGCGUGUUCAGGAACUCUCACUACUCAAAAGCAGCUAUGCAACUGAAGGACGUGCAGGAACACGUCAUGGAGGCGGCCAGCCGGCUGACUGCAGCAAUAAAACCAGAGAUUGCCAAGAUGCUGAUGGAGCUGAGCGCUGGGGCCGCCAACUUCAAAGACCAGAACGACUUCAGCCUGCAGGAUGUGGAGGUGUUGGGCCGGUGCUUCCUGACAGUGAUGCAGGUGCACUUCCAAUUCCUAUCCCAAGCCCUGCAAAAGGUGCAGCCUGUGGCCCAGUCAUGCUUGGCGGAGGCCCUUGCCCAGGCGCAGGAACGACGCAGCAGUGCCCGCUCCCAGAGCUCCUGUCCUGGGCCCCUCUCUGAGCUGGAGGAGGCAUCCAGAUCAUGGAAGUGUGCAGCAGAGGCCACAGGGCGUCUGAGGGAGAGGGGCCGUGACGGCUGCCUGGCAGGCAUCCAGGUGCAGCAGCUCUUCUGCUCCAACAAUCCUAACAUCCCCGAUCACCAUCUGAAGGAGCUCAACGUGAAGAUCGACAAUGCCUUACAGGCUUAUAAAGCAGCACUAGAAAGUAUGGGCCACAGUGAAUAUGCACUGAAGGCGGGCUUUCACCUUAAUCCCAAAUCUGUGGAGGCAGCUUUACAGGGUUGUUGCAGUGAGGCUGAGGCCCAACAGGCUGGCAGGAUGCAGACCAUCUCCCAGCCCAUUCAGUGUGAGCUGCCCACCAUCCCAGUGCAGAUUGGAUCCCACUUCCUCAAAGGCGUGUCCUUCAAUGAGUCCGCUGCUGAGAACCUCAAACUUAAAACACACACCAUGUUGCAACUCAUUAAAGAAGCAGUGGGGCAGAAUGGAGUCACCCCCCGGGAUGAUUCCCCGGUCACUGAGGUCCUCAACCAGGUCUGCCCUUCCAGCUGGAGAAUGGCCUGCAAGACUGCCGUUCAGUUACUGUUCGCUCAGGCAGGACUGGUGGUUGUUGACACCGCGCAGAUUGAGAACAAGGAAGCCUACGCUCCACAGAUCACCCUGGAGGGCUCCAGGGUGGUGGUUCAAGUACCCUCCACAUGGUGCCUGAAAGAGGACCCAGCCACCAUGUCUCUGCUGCAGCGGAGUCUGGACCCUGAGAAGACACUGGGCCUGGUGGAUGUGCUAUAUACAGCCAUAUUUGACGUCAAUAGGUGGAAGGAGGGCAAAGAACAGGCCUUGCCCACCAUUCAAAUGCAGUUACAGAGGGAGAGCCCUGAUUAUGGCAUGCAAACAGACCUGCCUCCUGGAAAUGGCACCAAAGCCUCCAGUGGCCUGCCCAAAACCAUCUCCAAGCUCACUUCCAAGUUCACCAAAAAGGCCUCGUCCAGCUCUGUGUCCAGCGGUGGUGGGGGCAGCUACUCCAUCCCCAGCACCCCGUCUCGUAGCACGCUCUCUUCCAGCAGCAGCUCUGAAGACAAGCACUUCAAGAGCCUGGGCCAUGCUGUAGACGGGAGACUGCAGAGCAUCUUACAGCUGGGCAGCCUGUCCUGUCCCCCGGACCCAAGCCAGCCCCAGAACGGCUCCGUGUGUGAUGACCAGGGCAUGAACCUCCCCACUGACCAGGAGAUGCAGGACGUCAUUGACUUUCUCUCAGGUUUCAACAUGGGCAAGUCCCAGCAGGCCUCCCCUCUGGUCAAGAGGAGGAACUCUGUGGCGUCUGCCAACACUGCCGAGCUGAAGCCUCAGAGCGGAGCCAGCGACCGAACCGCAACCUCCCAGGCCGUCUCCCACAGUUCCCUGCAGCCCCCUUCACAGAGCAUGACCCAGCAGCAACCACCACCGCCGCCACAACAGCCACCGCCACAUCAGCCCUCCCAGCAGGCACUGCAGUACUACCAACACCUUCUCCAGCCAAUUGGUCAGCAGCAGCAGCAGCAUGCUCCACCUCAGCUGCCCUCCCAACAACCUCCACCCCAGGUUCUCCCCCAGCAGAGAGUGCCAAGCAAGUGGCUGAGUGGCUCCAGCCAGCAGCAGCAGCCCCCUCCCCCAGCUGGACUCUCUCCCCUGGGGCCCAUCGGCCAGUGGGGCUCACCCGGUCUCCCGGACCUGAGCUCAGACCUGUACAGCCUAGGGCUGGUCAGCACCUACAUGGACAGCGUCAUGUCUGAGAUGCUGGGUCAGAAGCCACAAGGUCCCCGUAACAACACGUGGCCUAACAGGGACCAGAACGAGGGGGUGUUUGGGGUGCUGGGAGACACCUUGCCCUUUGACCCUGCGGUUGGCUCUGACCCAGAGUUUGCACGUUACGUUGCCGGGGUCAGUCAGGCCAUGCAGCAAAAACGGCAGGUGCAGCACAUCCGUCGCCCCAGCAACACCCGUGGCAACUGGCCCGUCCCUGAUGAGCAGCACAGGACCUGGUCCCACCCAGAGUACUACAGCGAGGGGGAGGCGGUCAACAGCAGUUGGUCAGCCAAUCAGGGAGACUCUGCAAGCUCCAGUGAUGAGACAUCAUCAGCCAAUGGAGACAGCUUGUUCUCCAUGUUCUCUGGGCCUGACCUUGUUGCAGCUGUCAAACAAAGAAGAAAACACAGCUGUGGUGAGCAGGAGGUGUGUACCCUGCCCUCUCCACCCCUCCAUCACUUAGGGGAUGAUAACAGUCAGGAUAGCAAAACUAAAACAUGGCCACCGAAGGCCCCAUGGCAGCACUCUGCUCACACCCAACACAACACCAUGCCCAAUCCAAGUUCUUCCUUGUACCAGAUGAACAUCCCCUCCAGCCAAUGGAGCGACUCAAUGCAGAUGUUGCAGUCUCCAGUAUGGUCCACUGCCAGCGACUGCUCUCCCUCUACCGGGAUCUCCUCUGGCUUCUCUCCCUACACCCAGCAACAACAACAGCAGCAGCACAAACCCAUCAGCAAGGGCUUUAAAUCCUUUCCCAUUAAACAUGAGCACAGGCCUUCCUACCUUCACCAAUACUGAUACAGACCAAACAAAAGAGUCUGUUGGAAGGAUAGAAUACCUGUAGCUUUGUUACUGAAGCAAGUACAGCUGAGACCAUUAGUAACAUCAGUUACCGUUAGUAAUGUUGCCCUUUUGGAAUAACCAGUCAAUUGAAAACAAGUCUCUCUAAAUGUGUAUUUUAAGGCAACAUUGCAUUGUUCACACUGGCCUAACAUUUUGUAUGUAUUUUUCCAUUUUCAAAGCCCCAAAUUUAAAAAGGUUUUCAACUGCCAUGUAAAAGCUGUGAGCAAUGCAUGUGUCAUGCUGGCAGCAGUUAGUCCAGUGGUUGCGUCUCUCCCUGUGACAGUUUGUGCGCUGACUGUGUUUCCUCAGACAAGAGCUUGAGACGUGCGCCCAUCAUCCACUGCUUCUGCAGCAGUCAAUGUGUUACAGAGAGGACUUUAAGGUGCAGGGGAGGGCUUUAAACGAGACACUCCGGUUUCCUCUUAUAAUUAUACUGUGUCUACAUAGCUGUAACUGCCAAAUCUCAUGUAAGAUGACGACUCGGACUACAGCUAAUAACUUCUGUUCCAUUGCUUGUAAAUUAAAAAAUAAAUAUAAAUAAUAAUUUACUUCUUUUUAUUAAGAGGCUUUGAGCAGGCUCAGCAUCACUAUAAUAAUUGCAGAGGUGUAAUUUGAAAGAAAUACACUACUUUUUCAACAACUGACAGAGUAAAAAAAAUAUAUAAUAAAAAGCAGCAACUAUGUGCCAUGUUGGUAUUAAUAGCACUUCCAGAAUAUUAUUUUCCAACCAAAGUGUUGUUCAGAAGGUGAAUGGUGCUGAAGAGAUAAAUGAGGAGUAUGACAUUAUUGUAUCAAUCAAUAAUAAAGAGCCCUAGUCUGUUAGGGGAUUAAUUUCCUUUUCUUUCCCUAAUUGGCAGAAUUACACUAACUCCUACACCUAUCGUUUGUUUCUUUAAAAUACAAUAUUUUCGUGUACAAAGAUUGACAGUAUUAAUCUUAUUUUUGUAUUUUCUUACGUUAUACCCAUUGCUAUAUGUUAGUAUAAUAUAGGCAUAUAAAACAUUUUUUCCCAUGAUGUGAAAAGCACAUUUCUUUCUUUACUACAGAGUUUACCUACACCAUAUACCGUAUAUCUAAAGGUUACCAAAUAUGCCAUUAUAAACACUAAAACAUUGUGUGAGUAGGGUAUUUUUGAGCCCAUGUUUCUUCAGUUUCUAUGGCUAUGGGCUGUGUUUAAAUGCCCAGAAUGUUAACUUUGUGAUGUUUGCUGAUGCCAAUGUUGCCUGUAUUUAUGACAUGACACCAUGUUUUCUGAAAACUAACAUACUUACCAUGUUUACAGAAUCGUUUGCUGUAUAUACAUAUAAAUAUAUAUCUUUUUAUAGUUCUGUGCUUUGCACAAUCAAAACAUUGGGUGUGUUGCUUUGUCUGUGUUAUUUUCCAAACUGUUGCAGCCUUUUUUAAAGACAUCUUAAAAGACCUUGGACUGUAACUGUUUGCAUUUUUUGUCAAAAUGGUUUACUAGUGGCUUCGACAGAAAAAGAAAAUGUUACCCUGACAGAAUAUAAGGGGGCUGCUUGGCUUACGUUGCUUAUUGUUCUUUUGAGCUGGCAACUGAAUCUUUCCAAGUGUACCAGCAAUGCAAAAAAAAAAUAUAAUAAAAAUUACUAGCUAGCAA